CGCGAGAUCCGUGCCCGGAAGCGGCGCUGAGGCCUGCCCGCCAUGGAGGCGCCGCGGCCGGUGCUGCUGCUCCUGGCGCUCCUGGGGCUCCUGCUGCUCCUGGGGCUCCGCGCGGCGGCAGAAACCUCGCAAACGCAUUCCGGCCAAUCUUCCACAGUGCCUGAGCCAGCCGAGACACCUGGAGCAGAUGACAACCAGGGAUACAGGAGCCUGUUCACAGAGAGCAGAAGCGAGGAUAACUCCAACAAUGACGACUCCCAGACAGCCCUGAGCGAUGGGACCAGGGUGGAUGAUGAGCAGAACGACAACCUUCUGACUGGAAAUGGCAGUAAUGAGGAGGAGGGGGAAAACGAGGGUGGCCAAGGUGCAAAUGAGAUUGGAGAAAGCGGCAAUGCAGGAGGCAGGGGACAGAGAGAUGAAGAGCAGAACAGCAGCAAUGGUAACAAAGGCAGUGAUAACCAGGGUGGUGCAGGGACCAACACUGGUGGCCAGAGCAAGUCAGGCAGUGGCACUAAUGGCCAAGGCAGUAUGACCAACACUGGUGGCCAAGGUGGUGCAGGGACCAAUACUGGUGGCCAGGACAAUAAAGGGACCAGCAGUGGUGGCCAGGGCAGUGCAGGGACCAACACUGGUGGCCAGGACAAUAAAGGGACCAACACUGGUGGCCAGGACAAUAAAGGGACCAGCAGUGGUGGCCAGGGCAGUGCAGGGACCAACACUGGUGGCCAGAGCAACCCAGGCAGUGGCACUGGUGGCCAAGGUGGUGCAGGGACCAAUACUGGUGGCCAGGACAAUAAAGGGACCAGCAAUGGUGGCCAGGGCAACCCAGGCAGUGGCACUGGUGGCCAAGGCAGUACGACCAACACUGGUGGCCAGGACAAUAAAGGGACCAACUCUGGUGGCCAGGGCAGUGCAGGGACCAACACUGGUGGCCAGGGCGGUGCAGGGACCAACACUGGUGACCAGGGCAACCCAGGCAGUGACACUGGUGGCCAAGGUGGUGCAGGGACCAACACUGGUGACCAGGGCGGUAAAGGGACCAGCAAUGGUGGCCAGGGCAACCCAGGCAGUGGCACUAGUGGCCAAGGUGGUGCAGGGACCAACACUGGUGACCAGGGCGGUAAAGGGACCAGCAAUGGUGACCAGGGCAACCCAAGCAGUGGCACUAGUGGCCAAGGCAGUACAGACACUAGCACUGGUGGCAAGACUGAGAGCCACAAGAACAAUGAGCAGAACACAGAGCAGGAUGGCAGCCAGUCAGGCAGCCCUGGGAAGGAGGGCACCAAGGAGAACAGCAGUGAGAAAAACAACCCUGGCACUGGGAACGGCGGCAACAACGACAGUGAAAACACAAAGGGCAGCAACACUCAGGACAGCGCCAACAAUGACCAGGGCAGCAGUGACAAGAACAAGGCUGGCACCCAGGGCAGCCAGGCCAGCAAUGGGCACACAAACGGGGUCACCAGCCAAGGCAGCAGUGGUGGGCAGCAGGCCCAGACUGAGACCCAGGGCACUGCUGGUGAGAGCCAGGGCACUGCUGGUGGCGAGCAGCCUCAGGGCCAGGACAAUCCAGAGAACUCCCAGGAGGAGCAAAGCCCUGGGGCACAUUCCACUGUGGAGGAAAACGAAGAAAACACCGCAGAGGAUGAGGCUGACGCCGAGGAGGGCAGGGACACCUUGGAUCAGGACGGAGGGAAGGGUGUUCCCUCCCUGCCCAGGCCCCGCUCGGAGAGCAGCCAUUUCUUUGCCUACCUGGUGACCACAGCCAUCAUCGUCGCAGCCCUGUACGUGGCCUACCAUAACAAACGCAAGAUUAUUGCUUUUGCUCUGGAAGGAAAAAGAUCAAAGACUGGUCGACGGCCCAAAUCUGGUGACUAUCAGAGACUGGAUCAAAAGAUCUAGAUUCCUCCUCAGAUGAUGACGGCCGCUGAUGGGAAUGCAGUGUUGCCACAGUUGGAUUUCAGUCCACAGGAAGGAGGGGAAACGCUUUUUGUUUUGCACCUGCACCUUGAUAAAACCUCUCACUUCCCUAAAUUGCUCUUUCCCAGCUGCCUUGUUUUUCCCCUGGGCAUCUGGCUGCUGGAAAAGCCAGUCCCAGAACUGCACAUCCAGAACUUCUAUGUCCCAGUGCAAUGGAAUUUGCCAUCUGCUGGACUGACCCCUCAUUUUGGGGGGGAAAUUAAGGAUCUGCUGCACAAUGAGCCAUGGGACUGUCCCUUGCCUGGGAGCAAAGCUGCCUUGGUCUCCUCCUCCCCCUCCUUCUGCUCCAUCUGUUGGAUUUGGAUACUCAGGUUGGGAGCAUGUGAAUUCUCUUGCGCUUGUUUGGAAUUGACCACUACAGAUUUGGAUUUGGAUUUUCUCUCCCUGGUCAAUUUUCCAGUUCCACACCCAGAUUUCCUUGUUCACACAUGCCUUUGGCCAUGCUGAAGCAGUUUUUGCAGUGUAGCUCAAACUCUUCAUGCUCUUUGCAGGUCUUUUCCCUCCCAGUCCUCCCAGUUCAGCUGUUUGCACUGGGGGUUGUGGUGUGGUGCUGUGGAGGAGGGGCUCAGGCUGGGAAAGCUCUAUGCCCUCUUGGGGUCAGGACUUCAGAUGGGAAGAUUGCUUCCUCCCCCUUGUCAAGUGUAGGAAGGAAGGAAUGUAAAUCCCUGAGGAGUUUGGGAUGAGUGAAGCUCCCAGUCCCUCCAGUUGUGUUGGACUGGUACUGGUCAGACCAAGGGCUGCCAAAGGCAUUGGUGCCCCAGUUACACCUGUGAGGUGGUUUUUAUUCCUGCAGUUCCCUCCCCAGGUUUGUUCAAGCUGGAGUGUUACUGAGAGAGGGCACAAAGUACCUGCUUGACUCCUGCUUUGGAUUUCCCCAGGAUAGACAAAAAAGAAGAUUUGAGGAACCCAGAGCUCCUCACAUGGGCACCCAGCUGUGCCACAUCAGGUGCCAGGCAUGUGCCAGUCCCACACUUGCCGACUGACUGCAUGGGAAGAAUCCCAGGAUGGCUAAAUUCCGUCCUGUGGGGCUUUUUUCUGGGCUUCCCAGGCUUGGGAGCAAUCAGCUCCUUGCCCUGUGAUUACCUUGGACAAGGGCAGAGCCAUUUUUUGGUCACUGUGAAAGCUGCAGCUCUAGUUUUGAUUUCCUAACAGUUCAUUGUAACAGGAAAAAGAGGGCUUGACCUUAUCCAAACCCUAAAAUCAUCCUUUCCCUUUUUGCUGGCUCUUGGCAAGCACAAGGAGCAUGAGAAUCUCUCUUGGCUUUAAAGAGUGCUCAGAGUUUCCCUAGGAAACAUUUAGGAUGCUAAAAGGAGUUCCAGGAGUUGUUUUGAAGAACAGGAGGGAAGGGAAAGGGAAACAGGGCUGGGAACUCUUGGGGAAAAGGAUGGGAACAUCCUGCACCAAAGCUCCUGUGGGAUCAGCCAGGCUGGGGGGCUGCUUUAGGGCAGGGUCGGGGAGGGGGACACUGCUUUUGGCUGGUGGCAGCAGGGAGACAAACCCUGUUCCAGUGUGUGGAAUUUCCUGUGCUCCUGGGCUGCUCCAGCCAGGUUUUUGGAGUGUGUGAGCUUUUUGGAGUGUGAGUGCUCUGUGCUUGCUUUGUCCUGUUGGUUUGUUUUUGGUUUUUUUUAAUUGAAUGGUAAUUUAGACCUUUUUUUUUUUUUUUCCUACUUAUUUUUCUAUCCUGGGAGCUGUUUCAAAUCCUCUCUUGCCCCAAGCUGUGGGAAUCCCACCCUGCUGCCAGCAGGGGAGGGAACAUUUUGGACCUCAAACACCUCGAUCCCAGGCUGAGCCAAGCACAAGCUCCUUAGGGUAAUGAGGACACACCUCACAGCUCUGGGAAGCACUGGCUGUGGGGAGAGGCAGAUCUCACACCAGGCUGAACUGGGGGGUGUUCCCCCAGAAUCUCCCUGCCAGCACUUCUGAGGCUGCUGUGUUCUACCAACAGUCCAGGCUGCCCCACAGCUCUGGAAUUGCUCCAGUUUGUGGAGUUUAUGGUGUUGAUGUGACGUGUCCCAAAGGGGUCAGGGUGCAGAGAGCCUUUCCCUUUGGACGCACGUGUUUUCCAGGGAUGGUGUCUGUUGGUACAGAGGGAUUUUUUGCCAAAUUCUCCAACUUUUUUGGGCUUGAACCAGCACAUGAUUUGUUUUCUGCUGCAAUGAAACGCACCUUGCUUGGAAGGAUCAGAAUUUUUUACAGUUCUUUGUACUGUUUUUUUAUUUUCUGUGUGGUGAAAUCAGUAAAUGGAUUUAAAAAGA